GCAGGCUCCAGGAGUUGUUUGGUGUCUCUAUGGCAACCCAGUAGCUGGAGUCUGAAGAUGGAGACUAACGAGUCUACGGAGGGAUCGCGGUCGCGAUCUUUAGACAUACAGCCCAGCUCCGAAGGACUGGGGCCCACUUCGGAACCGUUUCCUUCUUCAGAUGACAGUCCUAGGUCGGCCCUGGCAGCUGCAACUGCAGUCUUCACCACCGCCAAAGCAGCUGCAUUAUCUACAAAGACCCCAGCGCCCUGUUCUGAGUUCAUGGAGUCGUCCUCUGACCCCAGCCUUCUUGGGGAGCCCUGUGCAGGACCCAGCUUUACCCACAAUAUAGCCCAUGGGAGUCUUGGCUUUGAGCCCGUCUAUGUUUCCUGUAUUGCUCAGGACCCUUGCACUACAACUGACCAUAGUUCUAACCCUGGCCCUGUUCCAGGCUGUAGCUCUGGGCUUGUUCUUGGCUCCAGCUCAGGUGCUGGCCAUGGCUCUGGCUCUGGCUCUAGUCCUGGCUGUGGCUCUGUCCCUGGCUCUGGCUCUGGUCCUGGUCCUGGCUCUGGUCCUGGUCAUGGCUCUGGCUCUCAUCCUGGUCCUGCCUCUGGUCCUGGUCCAGACACUGGCCCUGACUCUGAGCUCAGCCCCUGUAUUCCUCCACGGUUCAGAAACCUGGUGGCAGAUCGGGUCCCUAACUAUACCUCCUGGAGUCAGCACUGCCCCUGGGUGCCCCAGAAACAACCACCUUCGGAAUUUUUGCAAGUUUUAGAACCAGGUGCCCAAGGACUAUGGAAACCCCCAGACAUUAAAGGGAAGCCUAUGGUUCGCUAUGAAACAUUCCCACGGGGCCAGUGCCUCCUCUACAACUGGGAGGAAGAGAGAGCCACCAACCACCUGGAUCAAGUCCCAAGCAUGCAGGAUGGCUCUGAGAGUUUUUUCUUCCGACACGGACACCGGGGACUGCGGACUAUGCAACUAAAGUCACCCAUGCCCCCCAGCACCACCCAGAAAGACUCGUACCAGCCACCAGGAAACGUCUGUUGGCCACUUCGAGGGAAGCGUGAAGCCAUGCUGGAGAUGCUCCUGCGGCAUCAAAUCUGUAAAGAGGUGCAGGCAGAACAGGAACUCACAAGGAAGCUCUUCGAGGUUGAGUCUGUGACACACCAUGACUACCGAAUGGAGCUGGCGCAAGCAGGGACUCCUGCCCCAACAAAGCCUCACGACUACCGCCAGGAGCAGCCUGAGACCUUCUGGAUACAGAGGGCACCACAGCUACCGGGUGUCAGUAACAUCAGGACAUUGGACACACCAUUCCGGAAGAACUGCAGCUUCUCAACACCAGUACCCUUGUCUUUGGGGCAACAUUUGCCCUAUUAGCCUGAGAAUUACCCCUACCAAUUGGGAGAAAUCUCUUCCCUUCCCUGUCCCGGAGGAAGGCUGGGUGGUGGAGGGGGGAGAAUAACUCCUGUCUGAGGGGUGAGGAGGGAAGUGUAUGGAAUAUGGAAUCUAUUUCUGUCUGCACUAGAGAGGUCGGGAGGAAGUUAAUUCUCACUGUACUUGAAAAGGCUUUACAUAAAGGGUUCUCUCUCA